AUGCAUUUAUCUGUCAAUCCUGAGAAGGCAGCAAUUGGCAAGGCGUUGCUUCUUGGUCUCUGUGCUACAGCUGGUGCCAGAGCAGCCGGUCUACCCAUUGUUGACUUGGGAUACGAAAUCCAUCAGGCUAUUUCGUAUGAUACAGGACUUGAAACUUACAACUUCACCAAUAUCCGAUAUGCGGCCCCUCCAGUAGGAAGCCUUCAGUUCGCUGCUCCUUCGUAUCCGGAGGUGAACCGUACACAGGUGCAGACGGGAGCAGAGGCUCGGAUUUGUCCUCAAGCGGUUCCUUCAUGGAUGGAGGAUUCCAUGUCCAGCGCUGUAAGCUAUGUCACCAACGGUAGGGUUACAAGCCUGGGUUCCGUGCUCUUGGAUACUCGUGCAAGUGAGGAUUGCCUAUUUCUAGAUGUUGUUGUACCCAAAAAGAUCUUCAAUGACACUGGCAAGAAGCACGCAAAAAAAGCACCUGUCCUUGUCUGGAUAUAUGGGGGCGGUUACACUUCCAGGUCCAAAUCAGGACAGAACAGUGGCUCGCCCAACGGACUCCUCCAACGUGGAGACAGCAACUUCAUCUACGUAACACUUAACUAUCGCCUCGGUGCUUUGGGUUUCCUUAGUGGUCCUACACUGCAGCGCAGUGGAGUUGCAAAUGCUGGACUCUUGGACCAAAGAUUUGCAUUGGAGUGGAUUCAAAAAAACAUUCAUCUUUUCGGUGGAGAUCCAUAUCAAGUUACCGUCAUGGGCGAAUCAGCGGGAGGUGGCUCGAUUUUACACCAGAUUACUGCAUAUGGAAAUUCCAAUGGCAAUGCUCCAUUCCAGCAAGCAAUCCUACAAUCCCCUGCCUUUGCCCCUGGUAAUUUUGGUGCGGGCGAUCAAGAAAAGAUUUUCAAUGAGUUCCUUGCAUACUGCAAUGUGAGCAAUAUUGAGGAGGCUCGCAGAUUACCUACCGAAAUUCUUAUUCAGGCAAAUGCGCAACAAGUAAUCAACUCGCCCAUUGGAAGCUUUACUUAUUGGCCUGUUGUGGAUGGCGUGUUUGUCCCAGAAGCUCCGGCUACUAUGAUGGAAAAGGGCAAACUAGAUAAGGGGGUAAGCGUGAUGUUGGCAUACAACGGAAAUGACGGUGUCAUCUUUUCCGACUUCUCUCUCACAAACGAUACCGAAUACCGGAACUAUGUUUCGGCCUUGAUGAAUCUUACACCAAACCAAACCGAUUACCUUGCUACCUCGAUAUAUCCGCCUGUAUCUGAGAGCUCCAUUAGAUACGUCGAUGAAAUCAGUCGCGCAGCUGUUACUUUCCAGGAAGGAUUCAUUCAGUGCAAUGAUAUCUUCCUUGCUGAGGCAAUGGGAAAUCGUUCUUUCAACUAUGUUUAUGACGUCUUCCCUAGCCUUCAUGCAAUGGAUUUUCAGGCAACGUUCGGUGUUAGCUCAAGCCCUCAAUCUAACGAGUUUGAUUCGUCAAUCGCACUUCAACAGCUCAUUACGAGCUUUGUGCUUACAGGAAAGCCCACCUCAUCUCACGGAAAUAUGUCGACAUAUGGACCAAAUGCCAUGCUUUCGGUGAUCAACGCUACUGCUAUUUACAAUGAGCAAGAGAGUCAAGAUGCUGUGGCAAGAUGUGACAGAUUGUAUGAUCUCAUUCACAGUUGA